AUUUUUAUCAACAAAAGCAAUUAUAAAUUUAAUUAGUUACUUAUUUUAAUAAUUGAAUUAACAAAAUUAAAUAAAUAACGAACAAUUUAAAUUUUACAUAAUGUCAUUUAGUGCUUUAGAAGAGGAGAAUGAAGACGAAAUAAAAUAUAUCGAUUCAGUUAUAAUUAAUAAAUUAUUAAAUUUAAAUACUUGUAAAAAAUGUAUUCGUUUUUAUUUACGCCAAUUUCGUGAUCCAAAUUUUGUAGAAGAUUAUAUUGAUGGUUUGCAUGAAAAAAUUAACAAAAAAGCGAAAUAUUGCCCAUGCAGAUGUUGUUUAGAUAUUUUUCAUACAAUUAAGGAAUCUAUUCCUACAAUUGUAGAGGACCUGAAACAACGAAAGUUGAAUAAAGUUAUCUUAACAUGUCACUUUCCUAAGUCUCUGUUAUUAAGGAUGAAAUGUUUUCAUAUAAUGUUGCCAGAAAAAUACCCAGGAUACUAUGAAGAAAUAGAAUUUCCUGGUGUAUCCCAAUAUUUGAUGGAUGAAAUAAAGAAUGAGUUGAAAAAAUAUGAUAUAAAUCCUACUAGAAAUACCCACGUUACACUGAAAAUUGUUUUUCAAUAUGCUGAUGACACGCAGGAGGUAUUGAAGAUGCCACAACUCAGUGAAAAACAUAUAAGUGCAAUGCAUGUUAGAGAAUUUAGACAAUACUUACCAAAAAUUGACAAUUACACCAUGAAAAAGCACUUUGGUGUGCCUCCAGAUACUCCAGAAAAAUCAGUUUAUUUAGAAGAAUAUUUACUACUAUAUGCACCCAUAUACAUUUGCGGUCGUUAUAAUAGGUAUACAAAGAAAAUAUUUCAGGACCACCAUCCAAAUAGUAUUGAGCAAAUAGUAAUUAAGGCAAUAAGUACUGUAAUGCGAACGCCUAAGGAAAAUAUAAAGGUAUCGUUCUGCGGUAAAGACGGUGCAUUCGAUAGAAUUUUAGAGAAUGGUAAACCAUUCUUUGUGGCUAUUACAAAUCACAAUAUUCCUUUAAGAGGUUUGACCCACACACAGCUGGAUCAAAUUGAACAUUUGUGUAAUCUGGUUGAGGACUGUCGCAUAUUUAGGUUAUCAAACACGGUUUUCAAGAGCGUCCAACUUCUUUCAGAAUUUGAGAAAAUGGGUUGCAGAAAGUACGAUUUGAUAGUGUGGACAGAUGCACCAAAUGUUGCCCAAUGCAUUGCAUGUUUGAACAGAGAAGGUGAGAAAGUGCCAAUGUUAAUAACUCAGAAAACCCCGAUCAGUGCUUUAAAAUACCGUCCUCUUCUAACGAGAACACGUUACGUACGUUUACUAAAAGCGGAACCCAUUGAAGGAGAAAAUUGCAAGUUUAAAAUGUUGCUGAAAGUGGACGCAGGUACUUACGUAGAUGAAUUGUUUCAUGGAGACCUUGGUCGAACGACUCCAAGCAUUAGUACUAUAAUUGGAGGUUUUAAUGUGGUAAUAACGCAUAGGGAUUUGCUUGAUCUGGAAGGGGAAAUCCCGUCUUAUGAUGAUGAACCAUUAGAAAACGAAGCACAAUCUUCCUACACGGAAGAUUGAUUUAGAAUUCUAUUUAAUAAGAAAAUGUUAAUUUUAUAAAAAAUUCAUUUUUUGUGUAUAUGAUAUAAUGUUUAUUUUAUAUUUGAUUAAUUAUUAAGUUUCCAUUUUAAAUGGGUUAAUAUCAUUAAUAUUUUUCUCAGAGUGUACAUAAAAACUUAUUUAUUAUUUACAUUAAAAUUAUCAUUUUAUGGUAAUAAAAAGUUACAGAAAAUUGUUAUUGUGUUCUUAUUCUCGUUUUAAUAAGAAUUUUGUAUAAUGAUGAAUAACUCACUUAA